AUCCAACAGUCGAUCCUUACGGAUGUGAGAAGUCCAGUGCGAAGCUUAGUGAAUUCGGCUUUUUAAUAGUAUAAAGGAAAACGUUGCUUUUGUGAUUUUGCAGACAGUGAAUAAAUCAUGUCAGAUACGGUGGAAAAACGAAAGAUUAAUGAACUGCGAGUAGUCGAUCUUAAACAGGAACUAGAAAAACGUGGAAAAGAUGGCAAUGGAGUAAAAAAUGUGCUAAUUGAACGUUUGACUCAGGUUCUUAAAGAUGAGAAACAGAAUCCUGAUACUUAUGAAUUCGAGAUUGUAAUUACGGGAAAAACUCCGGCCAAAAAAGGUAAACCCGGAGCUGGAGGCAAAGAGGAUGGUUCUGCCACGGCUGGUGAUGCAAAUGGUAAUGAAGAUGCUGAUGGAAAUUCGGACGUUAUAAUAGUGUUGGACGAUUGCAAUACAGAUAAUGCUUCGGAUGGAAAAUCAGCCACGGAAGAAAAAAAGAAGGAUGGAACAGCCCAGUCUGUAACGACCAACGGAAACGCGGACAAGAAUGGCAAAGACGACACUAAAGAAGCGGACAACGAAGAUUCACUCAAUUUGACUAUUGGCGAAGAAGAUGAGAAGCUGCUUCAUGACGAUAGCAAUGUUGAAAACGACAAGAAAGGUGUCAAUGCCGGAAAAGGAUCUGUUAAAACAGCUGAAACCAAUUCUACUGACGGUAAUAAAAAGGGAGAUAACACAAGUGAGAAAACUGGGACGCCGAAAGAUGAUCAAGAGAGUGGCAGCAAGUCAUCAAUUGCAAAAUCUACCGAUUCCAAGUCGAAAUCGUCGCCGACUUCAAGUGAAAAGUCUUCAACUGUGUCCCGUAAUCUCUGGGUAUCGGGACUGUCAUCACUGACCCGUGCUACUGAUCUGAAGUUGAUUUUCUCCAAAUACGGCAAAGUAAUCGGAGCAAAGGUAGUCACGAACACCCGUACGCCAGGGACUCGCUGCUAUGGUUACGUGACGAUGGCAUCGGCCAAGGACGCAACAGAAUGCAUCACCAAUCUACACCGGACCGAAUUACACGGACGUAUGAUUUCAGUUGAACGAGCCAAGUCUGAUUUGGGACCAGCGAAGCCCGCCGGAAGUAGUGGUGAAUCCAAGACGGCAACAACCACCAAAUCGGAUGAGAAUGCCGAUGCUGGCAAAGUUAAGGAAAGAGAAGAAAAGAAAGAAGACAACGGCAGCAGAUCGAGCAGUGAUCGUCAUCGGUCAUACCACAGAAGCCGGUCCCAGUAUCGUGGCAGAUCGCCUGUUCGUUCGCGGUCACCAUAUCGCGGCAAAUCCCAGGUUCGCGGAAGAAGUCAAUUUAGAGACGAGAAACCUAGGGAGGAUAGAAUUAAAGAUGACGACAAGACCGAGAAAAAUAAAGAUGAUAUUGCGAAGAAAGACGCUGAACAAUCUUCACGUGAUCGCCAUGACCGAGAUGGAGAUCGUCGGGAUGGCCAACGCAGUCGCGAUCGGGAGCGUGAGGUUUUGUCGUUGCAGAAAAUACGCGAAGAACGUGAUCGCCAACGGCUGCGGGAAAAAGAACGUCAACUGCGUGAGGAAGAACGUCGUCGCCGGGAGAUGCGUGCUCGCCAGCGGGAAGAGGAAGCGAUGUUGCGACGUGAACGAGAGAAGCUAGCCAUUGAGCGGGCUCGCAUUGAAAAGGAGAAGGCCGAUCUGCUGCGCAUCGAACGCGAGCGCCAGAAGUUGGAACGUGAGAAGAUUGAGCUCGAGCGGUUGGAACUGAAGCGCCAGCAAAGGAAGAUUGAGGAGGCGAAACGGAACCUAAAGCGACCAUCCACGGACCAUGCACACUUUGAUGACGAUCGGAAACGUACAACAACAUCAGACAGGCGGUUUGAAGCACCUCCUCCGCCUUCGAUUUCAGUUUCUGGUCGCGGAACGUAUCCUUCGACCGGAGACAAAAAGCGCCUGGACGAUUAUCCGUCAUCGAAACGUGACGAUUACGUAUCCAAACGGGACGAGUAUAAAUCGCGGGAUGAUUACAAACAACGAUCAGUUGACGAUUAUCGCCGACCGGACAAUUUCAAGCGUAACGGUGGAGUAAUCGACGACUAUAAGCGAGAUAUGGAUAGGCCAAUAACGUCGAUUGAUUCUCGCUAUUCCGACCAGCGAUCUGGCAAUCCCGGUAACAUUGGUGACUACCGUGGUAGUGGUGGCCCUCGAGACGAUCGUGAUCGUAACGGACCUGUACAGAAGUCACGCUACAUGGAUCCUGUUGAGAACCGAUAUUCUGAUCGUUCUGGUGGUAGUGGAAGUAGUGGACCGUGGCAUAACAAUGCCGCACCACUACAGAUGAGCAUGGGACCAAGUAUUAACAAUGAUGGCUGGCGUAUGGAUAAUGGUCAGGAUAGGUACGAUCGAACUUACAAUGAAAGGAAAGCACCACAAAUGAACGCAGGUCCAUUUAUGGAUCCCAUCCGACAGAGUCAGUUCAUAGGUGGUGGCGGUGGUGGGCGCCCGCAGGACAGAUACGGUGCUCCCGUAUCUGGACGAUUUGAUAAUGGUCGAUACUAAUAAGAAUUACACUAAAACAGUGUAAUAUUAAGUUCUAAGGCGUAAUAUAACCAGUUAGCCGGUUAGUUGGAACUGAAAUGGUAGAGUUCAUGCACUAUUAUAAACUUAGGCUCAGUUCAAGCUAGUGUAAUUCAUAUACUAAGUGCAGUCGAGAAUGCGAUGAGAUUAAAGAAUAACUACCGUUCAUAUUGUAUUACGUGUGGAAAUCUCAUUGCUGUGACAUACAUUCUUUACUUUUCUCGACGACAUUGAUGUGUGGUUAUUUGGUUGAUGUAAAAUUUUCCUUCGAUCGUAAUUAUCAUUUUAAGAAAUAUGAUAGACAAAUAAAACAGAGAAAAAAACAA